AUGCCUCGCAAAGCAGCUGCAACGACGGCCGCAAAAUCGCGCGGGACCGCUGCUCGUGCGGCUGCCAAGAAAGCGCUCAAAGACUCAAAAGAUGAGGACAUGCCAUUGAUUCCAUCCAGCAUGCCCCUGUCACCUAGCAACAAUAGCAAUAUCCUCCAUCUAGCUGUUGCGGUGCCUUCUUCACGGGAUCCGAGCUCGCCGCUGAGGGACAGCGAGAAGGCUGCAAAGACUACAGGCGGUGCACAGAAAAAGGCGGCAACGACCAAAGCGACUAGUAAAAGCAAGUCAAAAGGUUCACAGACGGUCGUUGCAUUAUCCCGAGGUGGCUCGCCAGAUGCGCUAGAUCUGCUUUCGAGCGACGCCAGCAAGUCUAAGAGCGCCAGGACACACACUAGAGUGUGGGAUAGCAGUGACGAAGAGCUAGAGGCGGAAGAGGGCAGUGGCCUUCCUGCGGGGCAAAUCCAGGCAAUCCUUGCGAAUUACGACCUUGAAGGUGAAUUGAGAGCUAGUAAAAAAGUAUGCUGUAUACUCUAUGAUACUUACCUCACGUCGUCCACCUCGCGUUUGGCAGCCGAAGCGCGUCUCGAGCGCAUGCGUUCGGCGCUUGAGAUGGCGUUGCAGACCGCUCGCGAGCGCAUGGCGCUGAGCAUCAGCCGCAUCCCUCGCGCCGUACGAGAGUUAUCAGUCCGCUCAUUCGUAGAGGACUUUCAAGCAGAUGUCGCGGUCUUCAUGAAGACCGUCUUGGGAAGCGCUGAUCAAGAGUACACGCGAGAGACUGAGCAGCUCAACUCCAUCAAGGAAGGUCGGAAGAGGAGCUCCGAGGAUGGACUUGCGAAGAGUCCAGGGAAGAAGCACACACGCUCCACAGCCCCCACUUCGGAUCCUCAAGGCAAGGGCAAAGCCAAGCCAGCCUACGCUAAGAACACUUCCCAAGGCCAUAGCAAGCCGCCAGCCGGGACAGGAGGAAACAGUGCCGCUAACCUUCGAUCUUCGAUCUUCAACUCAACGAUAUCAGCCUUUCCUGCAGCCUCGUCCUCUUCUCCCGCACCACGUAGCAACGCCAUGUCCAGCUCAAAGUUUCAUUCACGCCUUGAUGCAGGCUCGCGCCGCAUGGUCGAUGCAGGACUCAGCUUCGCGCCGGCUGCCGGCUCCUCCUCCUUCGGCGGCGGCGCUGUUGGUGGCAGCUCGACCCCUUCCUCCGCUCUCGCGCGUGGCUUGAUGACGCCUGGAGGCCGACCGCGUGCUGCGCGCACAGGCGAGCACGUACAGUGGAUGAGCCUGAACGGCAGUCCGCUGACGGGCGUCAUCGGGCCCGACGGACGCGUGCGGCAGCUCGACCAGGCAUCCAGCUCGCGAGGCAUGUUCACGUCGAGCGAAAGGAAUCUAGAUGAGCUAGAGGAGGACAGAUUCGAUGCGGUGCUCAGCUCAUCAUUUUUAACGAGCAUGCAACAUUUACCUCGCAAUAGUCUGGGCCUGCCUGGCGUUGCUGGUGGCAGCAGCAGUACCGGCAAGGGCACUGAGAAGGGCAGAACAGCACCAUCAGCGACGGCAUCAAAUGCCGCCGCAACUGCUAUCACGUCUGAAGCGUUUGAUCCAGAGGACUCCCUCGUCGAUGAUCUUCCAGACGAAGCGGCGUACACGGCGCAGGGUGGAACUGCAAUCGCAGCGCUUGCAGCAGCAACAACAGCGCAUGCACAGCAGCAGCGGUAG